CUAGCUGACCAAUCUAUGCUUAGUGAAAUUGAAAGUCAGUGGCGACCGUCAGCUCGCUACUUUCAGCAAUUUGGAUCUGGCAACCCUGCUCUCAGCCUCUCAGUCCAGUGCUGGUGCUCACGGGGGAAGGGUGUUGGCGAGAUGCUGCUGAACGCUCUCUUAUGUACCGUUUUACUCUGCUUCUGUCAUGCUUAUGACUAUGAUACAUAUUUUUAUAAGCAGAAGGUGGACCAUUUUAGCUUUGCUGAUCCUGACAGCUUUACCCAGCGAUACUUGAUUAAUGAUGAGUUUUGGGACAGUAAUGGUGGACCCAUAUUCUUUUAUGCAGGAAAUGAAGGAGACAUUACCUUAUUUGUUGAUAAUACAGGCUUUAUGUGGGACAUCGCUCCAGAAUUUAAUGCCAUGGUAGUAUUUGCUGAACACAGAUAUUAUGGUGUAUCAAUGCCUUAUGGCAAUGAAUCAUUCAGUGAACCAAAGUAUACUGGCUACCUUACUUCAGAGCAAGCAUUAGCAGACUAUGUCGAGCUGAUUACUUAUUUGAAGACUGCUAUUUCGGGGGCAGAGAAGAGUCCGGUGAUUACAUUUGGAGGAUCAUAUGGAGGAAUGUUGGCAGCUUGGUUCCGUAUGAAGUAUCCACACAUUGUGCAAGGAGCCAUAGCUGCCUCAGCCCCUAUUCUACAGUUCAUUGAUAUUACACCUUGUGAAAAUUUUGGCCAAUUGGUUACAACUGAUUUUGCCACGGAAUCCAAGGAAUGUGCGGAAGUAAUUCGAAGAUCCUGGGCAGCUAUUGAUUCAGUUACAAGUGAUGACGCAGGAAAGACAUGGCUCACAAAUGCCUGGAGUCUUUGUGAGCCACUGAAAACACAAGAGGAUAUCAAGGCUUUGAAAGAUUACCUGGUAAAUGUAUGGACUAACUUGGCAAUGAUAGAUUACCCAUACCCGGCUAAUUUUCUGGCUCCACUACCUGCCUUCCCCAUCAAGGUGGUAUGCAGUCACUUGACUAACCCUGAACAAGUACCAACUGCUCUACUGCAAGAGCUCUUUGAAGGACUCAGUGUAUACUUCAAUUACACUGGUGAAGCUAAAUGCUUGGAUAGUAAUCAACAAGCAGAUGUUCGCUUGGAUGACAAAGGAUGGGAUUUUCAGGCAUGUACAGAGAUGGUGAUGCCAUUUUGCUAUGAUGGCAUAAAUGAUUUCUUCGAGCCAGCACCCUGGGAUUUCAAGGCAUUUGCAGAGGACUGCUACAAUAAAUGGGGUGUUUACCCUCGACCAUUUAUGGUUGCUCAUAUGUAUGGCGGGAAGGAUAUUUCAGCAGCUAGCAAUAUUGUAUUCAGCAAUGGGUUACUGGAUCCCUGGUCAACUGGUGGCGUUCUCUGGAAUGUGAGUGACACUGUUGUCUCUGUUAUUAUACCUGAGGGAGCACAUCACCUGGACCUCAGAGGUUCAAACCCUGGAGACCCUCAGUCAGUCAUAGAUGCUAGAAUAACUGAAAAGGCUUAUAUUAAAACUUGGAUUGAUGAUUACACUUACAAACAUAAUAAAUCUAAACAUGAUAAGGACGAGUUACAUGAAAGGUUUCAAAAUAAAAUUCCAUAGAAUUAUUGUUACUCGCCAGCCUACUUGCUAAAAGUAAUUUACUUGUUUAUUUCAUCAGGUUCUCUGAUGAGAAACUAAUUGUUUUUGUUAAUUUGUGAGGUGUGCCAAUUUUGCUCAUAAUAUACAGUACGAAUGUACAGUACUGUAUACAGUAUGUACUGUAUUGUCUUGCCCAUCUGCCUAUAAAUGACUGGUAUUUUCAGUGGCUAGUUUGUCAUCUUUGUGUUUCCUCUCCUUCCCAAGUGUUCUGCCUUCAGUCUUUUCACCUUCUCUUCUCACUGUCCUCAAUGUACCUCACUGAAAUGGCCGUUUUUGUUAUUCCUUCAUUCCACUUGUGGAUAUUUUCAUUCUUUGAUACCUGUUCAUUAUUCACUACCAACUACUGUAUAAAUAAGAGCAAUUUUACACUUCUCACAAACAUUUACAUUUCAGCUCUAUUCUGUUGGAGCAUUGCAUGUCUUGGUACAAAACCCUAGUAAUCUGCAAAGAAAAUUGUUGAUUUCCUUGGAAUUUAGGUGCAAGUGGUAAAAGUGAUGCAUCAGUCGUAUAAUAUGCAUACUGUAUGUAAAGAUGGUCAGAGUCUUGAUAAUUUUGCAGCAUAUUAAUCUUAUGUAAUAUUAGCAAGUAAUAUAUUUUGUAAUAUAUUUUGUUAUUGUGUAAUUAUAGCUAAAUUUUUGUAAAAUAUUUUGAAACUGUUUGUAUAAUUCCUUAAGCUAUUUAUUAAAUGAAUUGCAGUCAAGUUAUAUUUACACUACAGGUCAUGAAUGUAUAAAUAAUCUAUACAAGACAUUUUAUUAGAAAGUUGUUUAAGGCAUUAUUGUUUUAAUCUUAACGAAGGCAUAGUGCUUGAAGAUAAUGGAAAUUUCAUUGCUAUUAGUAAAUGAUAUUACUAGUUUCACUUAUUACAAUAUUAGCUAAAUUUUGUUGAUUGUUGUAGGUCUCUUAUAGACUUGUCUUUCAUAUUGCAAAUCCCAAUGUAACAUUACAUAUGAGUAUAUUUAACUACUUUUUAUCAAAUAACUACUUUAAAAGUGAAAUUUCGAGAAGAAUGUAAACUAGAACAAAGUUCCUGCACAGUUGGUAAUGUUUGGCAUUCAAAUUUCUACAUAGUCUUGGGCAUUGUUGAAGCUUAACCAUAUGUGUAGUCCUUUUUCACGAGUGUGUAAAACACAAGUAUUAACGCAAAGUCUUUGACAAUAUUCUUUGUCACGCUAUGUGAGGUAUCUUGCAACCUAUCUCUGCAUAAGGCCAAAAGCUGACUGUACUUGAACUCCUUGUUUAUGGCAGUGACAUGUAUGUAGAAUUCUAGCCAAAUUUUGACCACAUUUUGAUAUUCAACAGAAGUACUUGAAACAUUUACUGACAUCUUUGUGUGGGGUGGGAUAUAAAGUCUUGAUGCAACACUGCAUGAAAAACAAAUUGAAGGUAGAGAUUUAAGAAGAUAAAACAUUCCUUUUAGCUAUAGUGUUUUCAUUUGUAGUGCAGUUAUGCCAUUUGUUACAUAUACAGGUACCAAUGAAUAUUAUGCUGGUAUAGAAUGGGGGUAUUUUUCCCAAGCUUGUAGUAUGAUUACGAUUAUCAAGGUUGUAAUAUGAUUCCUAGUAACAAGCAUCCUGAUAAUUGUUUAUUUAGUAUUAAAGGUACAGUAAAUGAUUUUUUUUAAAUUAAAUGAAAGUAAAUUUGUAAUAAAGAAGAUUAAUUA